AUGGAAAAGUCCCGGACAAAUCAAUGCGUCGAGCUUCCCUCGUCCGAGCGGUCGCCCGAAACGAACGGAACACAUUUGACCAUGAGUGCGACCCAGCGGUACCCGACUGCGAACAAACGCCGGCGUAUGUCGAACACUAUGAAAGACGAUGCACGCACUCAAAGCAAAGACGGUGUCUUGAGUGGGAAUGACUCAUCGGUGGCCAGUAAUUUUUCUGGAAAUCACAAAAAUACGGGGACGGACCACUACGACGAUGUUGACGUUCUACAGAACCAAGGCGUUGGGGAGAUGUCUAAAAGCAUGGAUUGGAAACACGAAAUUGAUCCAUGUAACGGGAAAGCAAGCGAUUUCACAUCAUCGUCGGUGGUGAUCAAUCCAUCCGGCACAGGAGGAAAGCAACCGAACGCGUUGUUCGCUGACAGACAAAGCUUUACCUCAUCGAAGAAUGAUUUUGCUGCGAAGAACGGAAAACACUCUCCUUCUUUAUCGAUAACAACGCAAAUUCCGAAUGACAUCGAUACGUGUGUGUUGAGUGUCUCGGAAAUUCGCCACGAUGCACCAAAAGACUGGUAUCACAAUGAGGCAAUGUACACGGAAAAAGUCUGUCCCGGUUCUGAGCUCCGACAUGGAAAUCUCAACUCGCCCGAUGAAGCAAACAUUGGUAACGAAUCACAAAUGCUCCAUUCGCCGGCCCCUCGUCCCUAUCAAGAAAGGCUCAGGACUCCGGGAAGCGGCGGAAUGGGCGCUAGCCCUCAAAGAAUAUCACACAAGUACAAUAAACGAUCGUAUCCUUCCCAAAAUCAUUUCGGUGACGAUGACCUUCAUAGUCCUUGCGAAAAUCCCGGAAGCCGUAUUGGGCCCAAUUUUCAAGUCACAGAACUACCAAUACCGUCAAACAAUUUUAAAAAAUCGGAGCAAGGCGUUGUAAUUUGGAGUCCACAGCUUGCCCGAUUGGCGACACUGUCCGGGCAGGACCUUGACGGCUUUUUGGAAAAGGCGAAGGAGUCGAAUGUUUCAUUCCAGCUCAUGGAGGCUCUACACCGUAGUGGCUACAAUACCAAGGCUGCACUUACAGAGUUUAUCGGUAUGUACCACGAAAAUCCGGAUAUGUCGAUUGAGAUCACGAACGGUGAUCAACGUAGAGAACUUGAAUCUAUCUUUGAACGACUAGCAGCGAAUGCCCAUGGAGAUGGGAAUGGUAUGGAUUCUACUGCCCGCGCCUUGAAGACGCGAAGGGAGAAGGUUAUAGUUCAUUACUACCGAUGGAAGUGCAAGAGCAGCGUUUACCAAAAACGGAAGUCUCUGCUACGCCGCCAGCCUCUGGAGUAUGAUACGUGCUUUGUCUGCCAAGAUGGGGGGCUUUUACUUAUUUGCGAUCGAUGCAACAAAACCUACCAUCCUCGUUGUGUAAACCUCCGUGUUGUACCUGAAAAGGAAUGGCUUUGUGAAAACUGUAAAUCUGAGCAUAUUCCCAGAAAAAAGGGACGACCGACUCCUACCUCCGGAAAAGAAAUGUUGCCUACUUUGCUCUCUGUCCACAAAGAACUCGGGACCGCACAUAAUACCAAAGGCAUAGUAACCUCUUCUCAGACAUCCUUCCCGUUGAACGGAGUUGCAGAUGUAAGCCAUCUGUGUCCUCCUCCGGCAACUAUACACAUUGAUUCGAGAAGUGAAUCAACAGCUUGCUUCGUGAGCGCGUUUGAAGGGUGUGUGGGUUGCGAAAGCGAAAGGUCUGUGGAACUCGAAGACGAUCAGGGGACUGUAGAAUCGCCGUCCAACUCGGGCUCCUCGAUAAGUGAAAAAUCUCCGUCGAGCGCGUCAUGCCCAGACGUCUACGGCUCCAACCAAUCGGUCACCAUUAACUCCCCUGGCGCAACUUUGUUACGAGAGCUGUUGUCUGAUCGAAGCACUUUGUCAUCGACUAGUUCGGACACGUCUUUCAUGAAAUCAGAUACCGAUUUUGACGACGCGCUUGAAGAGCUGUCUUCCGAAUGUGAUUCAAUCCCGAUGACGCUACGGAGCCCAUCACAACCAGACGGAGGCCUUCCCGGAUUCCGAGCUCCAGCAAAUGGAACAAAUCAGGACUCUACCGCGGAUAAGUCAAAUUCGGAGGCAUUGACUAGCCUUCAAUUUGCAUCAACUUGCGGACAAGGUAUCUCGAGUACCUCUUCACAAAACGGGGCUCCAUAUGAUACCUUCGGCUACAUUCCUCCUUUUAGACCUCCAAAUUAUUGGACGCCAGCUUACGUCCAACAAGGAUUGAGUUCAAAAGUACAAUACCAACCAGCUGCUACUUUUGCGAUCAAUCCUUCGCCGCUACCUCCGUCUUAUUGUUCGAACAUCGCACAAACGAGCCACACUACUGAUUCAUUGCGAGCUUUCCCACCUCACCUUAAUCCUUUUCAACCUGGGUAUGCAUAUUUCAACCAAUAUCAAACGGCAAAGCCGUCAGUACCUAUACCCAACGCAAUGAAGUACAUGCAAUAUCUCUCCGCACACAAUAGCUCCGAUCCACAGCCGUAG